UUUCGCUUGCUUGCGUCGUGUGUGUGUGUGAGGGCUGAGGGAAUGUGGCUAUGUUUUUAUCGACGGAAUGUAAUAAUUAAAUUACAAAUUACUUAAGUAAAUGAGAUAAGAACCAUUAUUUUACAAAUAUUGUUUGGAAAUAUAGAAGUAGACAAAAAUAAUGAAGAUUUGGACCUCUGAACAUACCUUCAACCAUCCUUGGGAAACCGUCGCACAGGCGGCAUGGAGAAAAUAUCCCAAUCCCAUGAACCCAGCUGUCAUCGGAAUUGAUGUAGUCGACAGGAAAGUUGUAGAUGGAGUAUUACAUACUCAUAGACUCGUUAGUUCCAAAUGGUUUUUUCCACGAUGGGCACAAGCACUUAUUGGCACAGCUAAAAUAUGCUAUGCCAGUGAAAAGUCAGAAGUAAAUCCCGAUAAGCGUGUCAUGACAUUAAAAACUGCAAAUCUAACCUUCUGCCGUUAUAUAGCUGUUGAUGAAACUGUGAAGUAUACUCCUCAUCCAUCAGACCCAUCAAAAACGCUGCUGACACAGGAAGCUGUAGUUACAGUGGAGGGUGUACCACUUAGCAGCUACAUGGAAGAUUUAUUAGCAAAUAAAAUAUCACUGAAUGCUGGUAAAGGGCGUCAAGCUAUUGAAUGGGUGAUUGGUAAACUGGACUCUGAAAUCAAAGAAUUGGCAAACUCAGCAUGCAAGAGCACCGAUGAAUUGCUUCACCAGACAAAAAAGUCACUCGAUGACAUCACAACAACUGCCAGAAGAUCAAUGGACGAUAUAUCAUCCAAAGCUAAGAAAUCAUUAGAUGACAUAGAAAAAUUCAGAACGGCAAAUGCUAACCAGCGCAGCUGAAAAGAGGAGUGAUUUCUGCUUGCCAAAUGGGCAGAUAGAUAACUGAACCAUUAUUCUAAAAAGCUUGAUUAAGCUUUACAUCGACAUGGUUACUUUGCGAAAGGACCUCUAGCAUCAUCACAUAGUUUCAUUGUUUAUAUUCAUGUGCGUGAGAUAUUUAAUUUAAUUUAUAAAUGUAUGUAUUAGAUCAAUUUGUUAUUUUAUUGAUGUAUAGCUAAUGUAAAAGCAUUUUCAACCAGCAGUAAUAGUUAUCAGAGAAGCAUUUUAUACACUAUUCCUGUUUUGUGAUAAUGGUAUUAUUUCACAUUAAGAUUUAUUCAAAUUUAAAUAUUGUAUUCUUAAUGUAUGUUUUUCAGUUAAGUGGUUUCCGCUGUGAUCUCAUAGCAUUAAAUGCCACUCUUUGUAUUAAUCAACCUUCAUUAAAUACAUGGCACUAUGACAAUUGAUGGAAUCAUUGCUUAAUUCAAAUUAAUUUCAUUUCAUUGCCAAAAUAUUUCCCAUUUAUAACACAAUAAAAUUUUUGUUACCAGCA